CCCGGAAACAGUCAUUGCGGACCUUUAAAAGGAAGUGUGUGGUGUAGAGAAAGCUGCCGCUAUUACCAUGGCGCUUGAUGUGAAACCCAGAGCAAAACGCUAUGAGAAGCUGGAUUUCCUCGGAGAGGGUCAGUUUGCCACAGUUUACAAAGCUAGGGACAAAACCACAAAUACCAUAGUCGCUAUUAAAAAGAUAAAGGUCGGUCACAGGACUGAAGCUAGAGAUGGUAUUAACAGGACUGCACUGCGAGAAAUUAAACUGCUACAGGAGCUUCAUCAUCCAAACAUUAUUGGACUCCUGGAUGCUUUUGGACACAAAUCUAACAUCAGUCUGGUGUUUGACUUCAUGGAAACAGAUCUGGAGGUGAUCAUCAAAGAUACCAGCCUUGUCCUGACUCCUGCCAACAUCAAAGCCUACAUCCUAAUGACUUUACAGGGAUUGGAGUAUUUACACCAGCACUGGGUCCUUCACAGAGAUCUGAAGCCCAACAAUCUUCUGUUGGACAACAGUGGAGUGUUGAAGUUGGCUGAUUUUGGUUUGGCCAAAUCUUUUGGCAGUCCCAACAGAGUCUACACCCAUCAAGUUGUGACCAGAUGGUACCGCUCUCCUGAGCUGCUUUUUGGUGCCAGGAUGUACGGUGUGGGAGUUGACAUGUGGGCAGUGGGAUGUAUCCUGGCAGAGUUGCUGCUUCGGAUACCAUUCCUUGCUGGAGAUUCAGAUCUGGACCAGCUGACCAAGAUCUUUGAGGCUCUGGGGACGCCCACAGAAGAGUCAUGGCCUGGGUUGAGUAGUCUACCUGAUUAUGUGUCCUUCAAAAUCCUUCCCGGCACACCUUUGGAACAUAUAUUUAGUGCAGCAGGAGAUGACUUAUUAGAGCUUCUGCAAGGACUGUUUACCUUUAACCCCUCAGUAAGAACCACAGCGACACAGGCACUGAACAUGAGCUAUUUCAGUAAUCGUCCUGCUCCCACUUCUGGGCCUUCACUUCCUCGACCCAACUGUGCACCUGAGGCUCUGAGAGAGAAGGAAUUAAAUGGAGGACUAAAGAGGACAAUAGAAACCCUGGAGAAAAUUGGGAUGAAGAGGAAGCUUAUUUUCUGAAACUUCUAAAAGGCUCUUCCUCCUACAUUGCUCAGGAUUUCCCUCUGGGGGAAAACAAAUAUUUUCCAUAUGAACACAGGGAGAUGGCAGACAACAGAGACGAUAUGAUUGAUGUAAGGACAUUAAUGAUAAUACAGUGCCUCAGGUUAGCUAUAUCCAAGAUGUUUUGGACUGUUUAGUCUGCACCGAUGCCUGAACUACAAGUCCUCGAUGAAUCAUGUCUAAUUUAUGUGAACUCGAAAAAGCUAGCAAUAAAUUGUGCAUUUGAACAUAGGAAUUGUGUUGAAAUUCUUAUGUUGGGUAGAAAAUAUGAAAGUUUAAAAUACCUAAUGUUGUAUUUAUAAUAAACUUAAAUAAUGGUGAUGUUUUCUUUGAUAGAAAUGACAUGCUUGUGUAGACCUUAUUUUUCUUUUUUUUAAAGGGACAGUAUGCUGGAGUUAAUAAAUGAAAUAUCCAAGUCAUUUUUUUCAUUUAUUUUAAAUGGGCACAUUGAGUGUUGUCUUGUCUCUAGGGAUGUUGCCCUCUGCCUGUAUUUUAUCUCAUUUGUUUCCUUCCCAAGCUGUCAAAACAUUUUUAAUAUGAAAUAAUCAUCAUAAGAACUUACAUCGAGUACAUUGCAGUAAUUUACCCUGCAGAAAUGGCGAAAGCCUGAUCACAGCCAAUACUACUGUAUACUCUCAAUUUCCACUCUGUAUAGGAGACCAAACCUUUUCUUCAUAUGCUUCAAUGUGACAAGACGUCAUGCAUCUCUUUGCUUUCCUUCUAUGUUAAUUGUGAUCCAAGGCACCCUGAGAUGCCAUUGGGCCUGACAGACUGCUUCUCACAUAAAUCAUUUUUCUUUGCAUUUUUUGCUGCUACAGGACUGUUUAUUGAAACAAAAAAUAAAAUAAUAAAACAUUCUUA